CCCAGAUCCACCGCAACCCUUAGCAGAAUAAAGCACUUACUGAAGUUGAAUGAAUGGAAGUAAAACUCGGCUAACACAAGACAAGAAAAGUCCGGGUUUCUCCUGCGAGCGGAAAUUCCUUUAGCUGUCUGGCUACGCUACAUUCACUAAAUUUAACAAAAGACUAGUGAAGAGAAGACCUUGGUUUGCAGAUCUUUACUAAACACAUGCCUGGCUUGAAAAUUCCUUCACGAACAGGAAACAGCAUCUAGCUAGCCUCGCAAUUAUCAACACACCCAUUUCAGAAUCCUGGUGUGGUGGUGUGUCAGACAUGAUUGCUUAAUGCACCAGCAUCUGAAAGAUUAUAUCUCAUUGAUGCUUGGAGGUGAAUGAUAGUCUGCAACUCAACCAACAUCAGCUCCCCUUGAAAACUGCUCUUGCUGAUCAGCUGCUUCCUCUGCUGUUUUGUCAUCUGGAAAUCUCCAGCCCUGAAGCAUGUCUCAGAAAUACCCCUACACGAACACAGGGGAUGACUUUCUAUCACAUCAACACAUAUAUACAGAUUCAUACCAGAGACAAUCCAAUACGUACCGGCCAAGUGUUAGAUCCUCGUCUCAGGAGCAAAAAUGCUCUACAACAUUUUCCAACCGAGCUGUAGACUCUCCUGUCAACUUACCCGGGAUGGCUUUGUCAUUUCUUCACAGCUGUGGACUGGACUCGAGUGACCUUGCCCACCUUGCAGAACUUCCUGAGCAUCUCAUCACAGUCGAGACGCUUCCCAAACUGCUUUUACAGGUCAAAGAACGUAAAUUAUCCAGCACUUCAUCAUCUAGGCCCAGCACAAGUCAGCCUCUUGACAAUACCUCAACUCGUGCCUGGGAGGGUAGCAGCCACACCAAACCUGUCGAAUAUCCGAUCGAUCGACCUGCGCACCCAGUGUACCCUCUUCCUCCAGAGCAAGUUCAAACCUGGCAAGACCGCUGGGGGAAUCCUCGACGAAGGAGUUCUUUAACCACCGGUACCAGCGGUUCCAGCAGUAAAAGCAGCAGUGCUCCAGACUACAUCGUCUCCAAGGACAAUGACCCAUAUAGCAAUACCACAGACUCACCAGAGGCCUCGUCACGCACUUUUGUUGAUUUCGGACCGAGGCCUCUCCUUUCUCUGAGAUUAGAGCCACCUGUUAUCGUGCCUACUAGGAAGGAGGCCUCAGACUACAAUUGCAAAAUUCCCCCGGCUUUUCCUCAUGUGUGUUGUCUCUGUGACAUUUCUAUCCAUUCUACAAAGGACUGGCUUUUUCAUGUUCGAGGAAGUGAGCAUGCUAAAGGUCAACUUCAUCUUGUGAGAAAUUACCCAAAGUGGGAUCAGACUGUUGAAUCUGCGAGAAGGAAUGAAAGCUCAGAAGUUUACAAAGUGCCAACCAGGAAGGAGGCCUCAGACUUCAAUGGCACAGUUCCCCCAGUUUUUCCUUACUUGUGUGUUCUCUGCAACAUCACUGUCUUUUCUGAAAAGGACUGGUCUGUUCAUAUUACAGGUGGUCAGCAUGCUCAGAGCCAGCUUGACCUUAUGGGAAAGUACCCAGAGUGGGAUGGGACUGUUCGAUCUUCUAGAAGAAAUGAUGGUCACACCUCCACUGACAUAAGAGAUGAAGCCUCAAUCGAAAAUACUUCAGACAAGAAGAAGUCACAAGUGAAAGAUGAACUGAGUUCUCGAGUUGUGAGCUUCACACCAUUACCUGUUGGAGAAGGGAUCACUGCAGAGUUGACCACCAUUGCUAAACAUUUUGGAUCUGUCAAAAGAUCCUUGUUUCUGACAAACCGGGGUUUUGUGGAAAUGACUUGUUUAACAGGUGCCAAGAAAUUGGUUGAACACUACUCAGCCAAUCAACUGAAAUUAAAAGGCAAAUUAAUUCAAGUCACUUUCUCUUGUGAAUAUAACUCACUAAGAGAGGCAGAAGUUGGUGACAAAACGCAAUCCCGGAGCUCUAACACCCACAGAAGAUCAAGCCCAAGCAGGCACAGCAUUCAGAAGGACUCUCCUAGUCCCAGGAGAAGACGUUCAUCAGAGAAAACUCAUUCUGGGCCCAAGAGAAAACGUUCAUCAGAGAGGACUCAUUCUAGCCCCAAAAGAACACGCUCCUCAGAGAGGACUCAUUCUAGCCCCAAGAGAAGACGCUCGUCAGAGAGGACUCAUUCUAGCCCCAAAAGAACACGCUCAUCAGAGAGGACUCAUUCUAGCCCCAAAAGAACACACUCGUCAGAGAGGACUCAUUCUAGCCCCAAGAGAAAAUGUUCAUCAGAGAGGACUCAUUCUAGCCCCAAAAGAACAUGCUCAUCAGAGAGGACUCAUUCUAGCCCCAAAAGAACAUGCUCAUCAGAGAGGACUCAUUCUAGCCCCAAAAGAACAUGCUCGUCAGAGAGGACUCAUUCUAGCCCCAAGAGAAGAUGCUCUUCAGAGAGAACCCACUCUUCUAGGAGUCGCCAUGUAAAAGAGCGAGAAGAUUCUCAAAAACCCAAGGAGAGCUCUAGUACUUCCUCACAUUCCUGCCAUUCCUCAAGCUCUGCUGCUAAAGAUGAAGCUACAAAAUCAAGUGCAGAUGCAGGAGAAAAGAGAAUUGUGAGCAACGACUAUCUUGAAAGGAUAGAUUCAGACAGUGACCUUGAAGGGAUAGAAGUGAUAGCAGAUGAUGGUGAAGAAUUGGUGCAUGACAUUGAUGAUUAUGAGCCCACAACAAGUGACCAGGAAAAUUUACCAUCAAUGGAUAUAACAAAUGUUCACCCAAUGGAACAAGUCAAAACUGGAAAAUAUUCUCCAAAUGCUGAUACAUCAGAAACAUCAAACAGUAUGCCGGAGGGCCAAAAGUUUGAAGAACACGAAGACCAGGAAUUAAAGGAGGAGGAACAUGACUUCCCCAAGAUCCUUGAAAAUUGUGUGACCUUAGAUGAGUUCACAGAAGAAAAUUUUUCAGAUUCUCAAGAAUCAGAUGAACCGAACCCCUCAAUCCAAAAAACUGAGGACUCAUCAGAAGAAGUAACCACAUGCACAAAUCCUGUCUCCUAUACAAAGCAAAGUGAUAAAGAAUCCGAAUCACCAACAAAAGAAAGUACCAGCAAAACAACUGCAGAACCCAACACUUCAGAGAACCUAGAAGACGCUGUUGAUCAACCUAAAGAGGAACAGGACACUGAGAGAGUGACCGACGACCUCAAGGAAACCUUUGGCAAAGUCCUUGAGGUCAGAAAUCUACCAAGCGCUGAAGACUAUGCAGACUCUGACUUUAUGAAGAUCAUAAAGCGAUAUGGAGACGUAACCCACCAUGUAUUGUUUCGCAGUUGCAAAAAGGGGUUUAUUGAGAUGGCGCUCACAUCUGAUGCUGAGAGAAUCGCAGCUGAUUCUAAAAAUCAAGAUAUUGUACUACGCGGUAACAUCUUGAAGAUUAAAGUGUCUGAGAAAUACUGCCGUCUACCAGGAGAAAGUUUUAGUGUUGAUUCUGAUGAUGAAGAAAUCAGAAAAGGAGAAAUAUCUAAGGAGUCCAAUAAUAAGCAGCAGAGUGAUGCACUAAAUGGUAACACAGAAUCUUUAAACGAUUCUCUCAAAACAAAUGACCCAGUAGGAACUGAGUUUGUCCGGCCUGUGGUGGGCUACUUCUGUAACCUGUGCAAUGUCAUCUAUGCCAGUGAAGAGGAAGCAAAAGACGAGCACUGCAGAAGUACUGCACACCGUGAGAAAGUGAAGGAACACAAGGAAAGAAGUGGCUCUGUGGAAACUAAAAAGUAAUGUUUACAUAACGGAAAGGCUGUGAGAGAAAGAGGACAGAUUCAAGGGUGCAGAGUAGAGCGGGCCCCGCUGACCCUAAGCCAAAUGAAAACUGGUAGGAGGGUGGUACAACCAGUCAUGGGCCUGACUGGAAAGACUUCCGGUUGCCCCAAUUAGUGCAGAAAAUAGGGAGAGGUGUCAGCCUUCUCUUCUUGUCAUCAUAGACUGCCCUGUACCAUAAAUGUGUGUUUUAAUAAUAAAACAAUUUUGCAGGAACAA